AUCACCGUCCCACUCACAUCAGGCAUCAUUACCCAAAACAGCAAGAAGCAGCAGGCUCGUCGAUCAGCGGGGGGAGGUUGUGGUUGGUUGAUCGAUCCCUUUGGGCGAGGUCGGAUGGCGGCGGUGCUGUGGUGGCCGAUGGCGGCGUGGAUCAGCCCCGCCACCGCGUGGUUCAUCUUCUUCAACACCGUCGUCGCCGCCAUCGCCCUCAUGUCCAGCGCGCACCGGGCGGACGGUGGGGCGCUGACGCCAUCGGGGGCGGCGCGGCGAAGGCUCUGCCGCAGCGGGUCGUCCAUGGUCCUGGACCGGCUCUGGUCAUUCUCCAUCUUCGCCGUGCACCCCGUGGCCGCCACGGGGGCGCCGAUCGGCGACGACGCUACCGCUGCCGCAUCAGAGUCGCAGUUCUAUUGCUACGGCACGCGCGAAGCAGAGGCGGCGGCGGCAGCUCAGGUGCUCGCGCCUGAGCAGCCUGGCCGCAUUCAGAAGGCGGUGGCCGCGACGGCGACGAGCAGCGCCGCGCCGCCGAGCGCGUCUGUCGCGUUGGCAUCAGCGGAGGACCACGCAGCGCCUGUCGCACCGGCACCGGAGAACGACGAGGAGCACAACAAGGCAGAGCCAGAGGCAGAGGAGGAGCAAGACGAGUCCAUCAGUUUGGACGAGGCGUACGCGCUGGCCCGGCGGCUCCGCGCGCAGGAGCUAGCCUCACCGCCGUCACCGCCACCGGCUCCCGCUACCGCAACGGUGACGGCGCGGACGAAGAAGCCAGCGAGGAAGGUGGUGCCGGAUGGGAUCAGCCGGCGGCGCACGAAAGCAGAGGAAGCGAUGGAGGGUAAGGCGGAGCUGAACGCGCGCGCGGAGCUCUUCAUCCGGCAGUUCCGGGAGGAGCUCAAGCUGCAGCGCCUCAACUCCACACUCAGCUACACCCACGCGCUCCGCUCACCCACGGCGGCGCGGUAGCCGCCGGCGUGACCGCCUCCGCAGAUUGGUCGGAUGGCUUGAUCAGUAUGCUCUGUUCGAGUAGAAUAGAUGGAGUCAUUUGUUCAGACGGACAUGUGCGAUCAAGCACACACAGUUUUGGAUUAUUGUUUUUUUCUUUAGUGUAUAACAUCUUGUUCGCCCAGCUCAGAAUUACGACUAUGAGUAUCUCCAGCAGUCCUCCGAUAAAUGUUUCACAAUAACUAGUUAAUAGAGAUAUCACUUCUAUACCGUUAUUGUUAUUGAGACAGUUGCUUUUGCAGUCUUCUAA